UAUUCUCGCCUUCACAAGUCACCUCUGUCGCACUUCACCAAAACCGCCCGCAUGGGAAAAUUAGGAUUUUAGAAUCUUUCCUCUCCAUAUCCCAAAACCACCACCGUCGCCACCCCUGGAUCCUUCUCGCCUCCUCCCCCCAUCGAAUCCGAUCAAAUUCUCAUCCACAAAUCCAAAUUCAUCCGGUUUCUCCUCUCCAUCGUCCUCGAUUUCGCGACCGCGCAGAGGAAUCUUGAUUUCUUGUAGCUACUACUACUGUUCUUGUUUUCUUCUCUUGUAACUGGAGAAGUUCCGGAAUGGCGAUCGACGACAACGAGAGUUGCGGGAGCCGCGCGGUGGAGCCGUCGUCGCCUAAGCACUCCUGGCAGCAGAGGCAGCGGUUUGAGGUCUUCUCCGAGGUGCUGAGUCGGCUCCGGGAUUCGAGCCUUGAUGAAGUGAAACUCCCCGGCUUCGAAGACCAGCUCUGGCUUCAUUUCAACCGCUUGCCUGCUAGAUAUGUAUUGGAUGUGAAUGUUGAAAGGGCUGAAGAUGUGCUCAUGCAUAAAAGAUUACUGAAUCUAGCUGAGGAUCCGGGAAAAAGACCAGCAUUGGAAGUCCGCCUGGUGCAGGUUCAUCCUGUACACUGUGGAGCUUCACAAGAUUCCAUUGAUACGAUUUCUACUAUAAAAGAUGAACUCCCAAGUUUGCACCCCCCUCCAACAUUUGGCUCCUCACCUAAUCUUCAAGCCCUUGAACUCCAUGAUGAAAAAGCUCCUGUCAGUGAUGUAGAGAGUGAUAUCAAUUCAACUUCACGGACACACAGGCAUAUGCAUGAGAUCACUUUUUCAAGUGUUGACAAGCCAAAGCUUCUGGCUCAGUUAACUUCUAUACUUUCCGAGGUUGGACUCAACAUUGAAGAAGCUCAUGUAUUUUCAACUACAGAUGGAUUCUCCUUGGACGUCUUUGUAGUUGACGGCUGGCCUUAUGAGGAAACUGAGAUGCUAAGGGUUGAGAUUAAAAAGCAAAUAUUGAAGAUUAAGGAGCAGCCACAACUCAUCCCGACCCCUACUGAUAAUCCUUGCCAAACAUCAUCUGAAUCUAACCCUACUGGAUGUGUAAAGAUACCCACGGAUGGAACUGAUGAUUGGGAAAUUGAUGCAUGCAAGUUGAAAUUUGAAAACAAAGUUGCUUCUGGUACAUUUGGAGAUCUAUAUAAAGGUACAUAUUGUAGUCAGGAUGUGGCCAUUAAAGUCCUUAAGGCAGAUUUGAGUACGGAUAUGUUAAAAGAGUUCUCUCAGGAGGUCUUCAUCAUGAGAAAAAUCCGACACAAAAAUGUCGUCCAAUUUAUAGGAGCAUGUACACGGCAGCCAAACUUGUGCAUUGUGACUGAGUUCAUGUCAAGAGGAAGUGUGUAUAAUUUUUUGCACAAGCAAAAAGGAACGUUUAAGCUUCAUACUCUACUCAAGGUUGCAAUUGAUGUUUCAAAAGGAAUGAGCUAUCUUCACCAAAAUAAAAUAAUUCACAGGGAUUUGAAGACUGCCAAUCUUUUGAUGGAUGAGCAUGGAGUUGUCAAGGUGGGUGAUUUUGGGGUCGCUAGAGUGCAGUCUCAAUCUGGUGUCAUGACUGCAGAAACUGGAACGUAUCGCUGGAUGGCUCCAGAGGUGAUUGAGCACAAACCAUACGAUCACAGAGCAGAUGUUUUUAGCUUUGGAAUAGUGAUGUGGGAGCUUCUUACAGGAGAAGUUCCAUAUGCAUUCCUGACACCUUUACAAGCAGCCCUUGGUGUUGUCCAACAGGGUAUGAGGCCAACAAUCCCCAAGGACACGCAUCCUAAGCUUACAGAACUGCUAGAGAGAUGUUGGCAGCAAGACCCCACACGAAGACCCGAAUUUCCAGAGAUUUUGGAGAUUUUGCAGCGAAUUGCCAAGGGGGUUGGAGAUUAUGGAGAGGAGAAGCACAAGGAAAAAUCGAUUGGUAGCUUUUUCCAUUCCUUUAGAAGAGCCCAUCACUAAGCUGUUUGGUUGAAGAACAUGAGGUGUGUUUGAUAAAAUGUAGAGUUUUCCUGAAAACCGCGGCUUAUAAUUGUGAAUUCGGUGCUUCCAUUUUGAUCUAUAAACUGUGUGAUUGUUCAUAGAAUGUUAGGUUGGUCAAUGGUGUCCUUAGAGACGUGCAAUUCUGUACAUAAUUCUUAGAACUCAUUUGCUAAUACAGUAAAAUCAUCUGUUUUCCAUUCAACUAGUAUCUACUGCUGUGUGAUCGAAGUGAAAUCCAAUAAAAUUUUAGUUCAUGA